AUGGGUUACAAGGCGAAUGUAUUGCUUGCGUUGGUGUGCGUGUGCGCGGGUGCGCGCGCGCAGGAAAACCUCUCAGUGAACACGACCCAAGGAUGGAUAGAGGGCGCUGUGGUGCCGGACGGCAACUACAUCGCUUUCUACGGGGUACAUUACGCGGGUUCCGUGUCCGGGCCGAACAGGUUUAAGGCAGCGCCACCCCCGCCUACCUACCCCGGAGUGUUCCACGCGAUUGACAGCACCGUCAUCUGCGCUCAACCGACGUCACGUGGUCUCGUCGGUGUAGAAGACUGUCUGACUCUUAACAUCUUCACGUCGAACCUAACCGCAUCGCAGCCGGUACUCGUUUGGCUAGAGGGUCAAGAAUACACCAACACAGAUACUACUUUGCGCUCCUUCAAACACUUUAUCGAUGAGAAUAUCGUGGUCGUGUCCGUUAACUACCGACUGUCUAUAUUUGGAUUCCUAUGUCUUGGCGUACAACAGGCGCCGGGUAAUGCCGGUUUGAAGGACGUCGUUCAAGCAUUACAGUGGAUCAGACAGAAUAUAGCCGGUUUUGGUGGAAAUCCGAACAACGUGGUACUGUUUGGGCACGGCUCAGCAGCUGCUAUGGUGGACCUAAUAACAAUGUCACCCUCGUCGGAAACCCUCGUGCAUAAGGCUAUCGUUCAAAGCGGCUCGGCCCUAUCACCCGGAGCCAUUGCAUACAAUCCGAUAAGUUACGCCGAAGCGUUAGGCACGAAACUCGGUUACACCGAUAAAACCCCGGAACAAUUGGCCGAAUUACUAACCACCACGGACCUGAACGUGUUAGUAAGUGCACUGGGCGAGUUCGAAUUCCUUAACAACACAGCUCUGUUCGCACCUUGCAUCGAAAACGGCGUUGACGUGAACAACACCUUUCUGUCCGACGCCCCAAUAAACAUUCUGCGCUCCGGUAACUACAGUCACAUCCCUUACCUCGCCGGAUACACUAACAGAGAAGGUACGGUCCGAGCCCAGCAAGCGGCUUACAACCAGUGGCUGGAAAAAAUGCAAGCGAAUUUCGAUGAUUUCAUCCAAGUUGAUUUGGACAUUGCUUCGAAUCCAAACAGGACUGCUAUCGUAAGCUCGAUCCGAGAGUAUUAUUUCGCACAAAGGAAUAUCGAUAUGGAGACAAUCGAGGAUUAUUUGGAUUAUCAUGGUGACACAAUGAUCCUCGUCUCUGUCAUCAGAGGCGCGUGGGAGAGAGCGCUCACGUCAAGAGCUGAGGUCAGACUUUUCGAGUUCACCUAUAGAGGUACAUACAACUCCGACUGGGCGUUACCCCAAAUACCACUGACCGGCGUAAGGCACGGCGGUGUUUUAAACUACCUGUUAAACUACGAUUUGACACCGAGCGAUGUGGUAGUUUUGCAGUGGAUAGUGAGGCGCUAUUCUGCUUUCAUACAAACUGGAUCACCGAGUUAUCCUAAUGCUGUUGACUGGCAGCCGAUUACGGCGUCUGGCUUCAACUACAUCCUGUACAGCGGUGGCGAGGUGUCGCCGAAUAUAUCGGUCGCUUACGAGAACCCCAGAACUAAUCCACACCAGCAGAGGAUGACGUUUUGGAAUGACAAAUACGCCGGUUUAUACAGGGCUCCUGAGCCGGUGUCAUCUGCACACCAGCUGUUAAGUUUUGUUUCUGCAAUAGUUCUGUGUCAAGCUUUGUUAAAUUUCCUG